AGAAAGAGCUACAGGGACGUGGCAAGGCCAGGCUCCAGGAAGGCAGCCCUGGGGGGCCAGUGUUCCUGAAGAGGACCAGGGAGAGGAAGAAGUGGUGAGUGACUUCUUCUGUUCCAGGGGAGAUGUAGUCUAGUCCUGGAGGCAAAAAUCUUGUGUGUCAGUGCUCUGGAGUGACCGGAAAGUGAAAAAACAAGAUGCCCCAACACCUUGUGAACGUCGUUGCUGUAAGGAGGGGCCGAUUAGAAAUGGCCAUGUUGGGCAGCGGCCACCAUCCAUCAACCCCGAGAGACUGAAAGAUUUUGGGGAGGAGGAUUACCUGAAUGGUGACGUGAAGACUUGGGAAAUGAAGAUCGUGAGCCGUAAUGAGGAAUUGCUCAGGGAUGCCCUUGACCCAGUCACUCAGCCAAACAGUAGAAGCAGCCAGCCAACCUCUAAUAAGCUGAUUCGAUUUGAAGAUAUUAGUGCUGCAGCUUUCAAAAUCCAGAGUGGUGUUCAGAAAACCCCCUGCAUGUAUUCUAGACUUUCAAAGCAAUAUGGAAUGGAUAUCUAUCUAAAGAAAGAGUUCCUUCAGUACACAGGAUCUGUAAAGGAGCGAGGUGUGCUUUACCUGCUAACAUCUCUACAGCAGGAGCAGCAGAAAAAGGGUGUGAUAGUGGCUUCUGACAGUAACUUUUCCAUGGCAGUAGCAUACCAUGCCUCAGAACUCCACAUUCCAGUAUUUGUCAUCAUGUCUACCAGCACUUCACCAGCCAGAGUGAAAAUGUGCCGUGAGUAUGGUGCCUUGGUGAUCUCCUAUGGCACUACUGCCAAGGAUUCCCAGAUCCAUGCAAGGAGGCUGGCCCAAGAGAAUGGCUAUCUAUACCUCGAAGAGGAGGACAGUGCUAUAUACCUGUCAGGGCUGGGUACCAUGGGAUUGGAGAUAUAUGAACAAGUGCCAAAGCUGGAUGCAGUGAUUUUUCCUGCAGGAGGCCACUGUGGAUUGCUAGCAGGAUCAGCUGCUGCCCUCAAACAUCUCAACCCACACAUUGCUGUGAUUGGUGUUGAAUCGGAGAGUUUCCCUGUGUUACAACAAUCAUUAAAGAUAGGCCAUCCUAUUGAAGACCAGGCCUGUAGCAACCAUCAGUUUUAUAGAGAUGUGAGUGGACCUUGCUUUGGUACCAAUUCUUUGCAGUUGACUGGGAAGCUUGUAGACAAGGUUGUUACCGUGAGGGAAGAGGACAUUCUAAUUUCCAUGCUGCGGUUGCUGGAGUUUGAGAGAGCCACGGUGGAUGCGGAAGGGGCUAUUGGACUUGCAGCCUUAAUUGCUGGGAAGCUGCCAGAGUUAAAGAGUAAAAGAGUGGCAAUCACUGUAUGCAGUGGCAACUUGGAGCUACCUUUGAUGAGACAGUGCAUAGAUCGUGCCCUGACCCUUGACAACAGAGUCUGCAAAUUUUCCCUCCUUCUCUCUGAUUGUCCAGGAGCUAUUUCAAAGCUACUGGAGAUACUGACUCGGGAGGAAGUGAGGGUGCUGGACAUCAAACAAGAACACAUGUUUGUGAUAUCUGAUCUCUUCACUAUUAAGGUCACCUGCAUUAUAGAGACUAGAGACAAAAUCCACACGGCACAACUCAGAAAUGCUCUCCUGGAACGCUACCCGACAAUGAUGUGGAUGGAACGGUGAUGAGAAAAGCGCAAUGGAAAAUGCUGAGGUUCUUUAACCAACACAUUAUGGAAAGCUAAACUUGAAGCACUAAUAACAAAAUAUGCAUAAAUCUUUCCAAACUGAACAGUUAGCAAAUAGCUACAGAAUCAAUUGAUUUAUUUAUUUGCUCACAAUAAAGUGACUGUCCUUUUGAAAUCAAGUAAAACUUGAAGCAUUAGAUUAGCUCAGGAAAGCUUGAUAGCCUCUGCUUGUGUUGGAAUUCAUUACUAAGUUAUCACGUGGCUGUUUGGAUUUUGAUGUAGAAUCCUGUGGUGUUCAAUAAGUAAAUAGCAAGAGGACAUUUUUCUUUAGUUCAUAAUGCAGCUCUCUUAUCACUCUUCAGAUUUUGAUGCCCACUGCUUUAGUAAGUAAUGCAUCCUCCUCCUGCUGGCUUUUCACAUAUUACUACUAUGCUCACUUUGUUUUCCAAGCCAGAGGCAGCACUUCAUCUGCUGAGUCUGCCUUGGCAGUUGUACAGGUGAAUUUAUGUCUGCAUAAAAUACCUUCACUUUCAGGGGCAGGGGGAAAAAGGGGGAAGGCUAAUAACACAUAUUAAAGAGACUGUUGAAAAGGAAAACACCAGUUUGCAUUUUUCCUAUGGGAAAAUGAUCAUGUUUAUAUGGAUGUGGCUCCUAAAAAUGUUGUGAUUAUAAAAGGCUGCUUUAAUGUGAUUAGACCAUGCAUCAAACAGGAACAAAGGGUUUCUUCUAUCCUAUGGGAAUUUACCACAACAAACAAUAUAUAAAAUGUUUAUUUCACCUAGGAGAGUAUAUUUCCUCCUUCAUAACCUCUGCACUUGAAUUUUGUGCUUAGAAGUCAAAUGAUGGUCUUAAUCUGCUCAAAACAGAAUCUAUCCAGCUCAUGUGACAGAUUAAGUAUAACAUUAAGAGUUAUUAACUAGCUCUGUUAUAUGUAAGCAAAGGCUGCUCCAGGAGAAGAGGAAGCACAAGUCUUAAGCAAAUCACUAAUGCAAUUAAGAAGGAACGAAUUGAACUGAAUGUCCCUGAUGACCAAUUGUUACAUAACCAUCACCAGAGAGCUAUUAAUAAAUGAGCACCAUGAGAUGAGGAGAGACUUUAGUUAGAGAAAGCUGGAGUCUAUUACUGAGCCUAAGUAUUCCAGUUGCCUCUAUAGUUGUAUGUGUUUCAAGUCAAGCUGAGCUAUAAUGGCUUCAACCAAAAUCAUUCCAUUGGUUAAAAUUAAACAGAAUGAACCCAAUAGUCCAAUGUGGGCACAUUUGCCUCCAGCUGCUCCAGUUAGGACUUAAACACAAAAUGUUCAUUUUACCUAUUUAUGUGCCGUAUUAGGGCCUAAUCCAAAGCCCCCUGAAGUCACUGGGCAUUCCCCCCUAUUUAGAUGCCCAGGACUUAUACACUAUAAGCCAAUUUUGUUUGUAGGGGCUGAAGAAGAAGGGAGUAAUGAAGCCCUGUAAUGACCGUAUACAUUUCUAUAUUACAAUUAAAAUAUGGCUCGCCUGACCUGACAUUUUUAUCCCCCUCUAGUUGUUUGAAGAGCAUUGUGCUUACCCAUACACUUACCCCACGCACUGUUAUGGGUGUAAAAGUCUGUGCUGUCUCUAAGAGGCGCGGCACAGGACUCACAGCCUGAGAGGAGAAGGCUCUGGUGACUUACCGCUACCUCUGCCCCCUCAUGAUUGUGGGCUAGUCUGUGAGCUGGAAACUGACAGCAUAAUUGACAGCUUUGGGACCUGUGUAAGUUACAGCAGCCUAACCAGGGUGGUCCUAUGGACUACAGCACUGCCCAGAAUUUCUACAAUGCUGUGCCCCUGUCCCAGACAUGCCCUGCAGCCCUGCCCCCCUGUAAGCGCUCUAUUCUAGGGCUGGUGAGGUGGUCCUUGGAGAGCGGACGUAGAGCUGUUUUUGCGGUGUCUGUGCUGGGGAAUAUAGGACUUUUAGGGCUCCCUUAUGUUGCUUUGGCUCUUUUAUCCAGUCUAAAAGAGUGGGACUAGGUGUGAGGAUCUCAACUCUGGAGUUUGACAUGAAAGUUCAGUGUUUUGUUGUUUUUCUAGAACCAUAUUUAUUUGCACAUGAAAAUUA